CCGAAGACGAACCGGAACCGGAAAGCGAAGCGACGCAAUGGCGAUACUCAGAAUCAAUUACGUGAGAAACAGCAGUCAACCUCCCCCAAAUUCGGGCCCUUGUUGAGUUUAUUUGCAGUUGCUAUGUUCUAAUUAAUUGUUAAAGCACUAAGGGGAGGAUGAGUGCGGAAGCGGCCGACCGGGUCGCCGCCGUGACAAGUAGCAGGCCCAGCACGCCGCUCCAAACUUCCUGGUUCGAGUUCCUCCUGGAUGCAUCCCUGCUGGAGAAACACCUGCAGAGCUCCAAUCCCGACCCGACGGGGGUGCAGCUCGUUGUCCAGUUCCUCGAGCAGGCCUCCAAGCCGUUGGUGAACGAACAGAAUCUGGUGCAGCCUCCUGCCGACAACCGCAGGAACCGCACCUUGAAGCUGCUGGCACUCAAAGUGGCGGCGUACAUGAAAUGGGAUCUAGAUGCGUUGGAGAAAGGCUUGACCAUCCCCGUGUUGAACAUGCUGCUCAAUGAAUUGCUGUGCGUGAGCAAAGUGCCGGCGGGUGUCAAACACGUGGAUCUGGAUCUGUCCACCCUGCCGCCCACCACAGCCAUGGCCGUCCUCAUCUACAACCGCUGGGCCAUCAGAACCAUUGUGCUGAGCAGCUUUCCAGAGAAACAGAACAAACCGGGGCCACACCAGAUGAACAUGUUGAGUGUUGUGCAGCAGGAAAAAGAGAUGACGGACAACAUCCUAAGCGUGUUAAAGGAGCAGGCCAGCGACUCGAUCACUGUCCUGGUCGGGGCGCUACAUCUGAAGAAGGAUUUCUACGUGCACACCAUGAGGACUCUGGACCUGCUGGCCGCCGACACGGCGGCCGCCAACGGCGAGACCGAGUCCUCCACGGCAGGACUUCGUAUCAGCGCCAACGAGCUGCACUGCCAGGUUCACUAUGACUUGGGCGCCAUUUUCUUCCAGCAAGGCUGCACGGACCAGCCAGCCUUUGAGAAAGCCAGAGACCAUUUUAGGCAGACCAAGGAGCUCUUGAAGAAGCUGGACUCCACGGUGCAUGUCCACCUGGAUGAGAAGCGCCUGGCUGGCUACUGGAAUGCCUGCAAAGCUCUGACCGGAGACUAUGACUCGUGUGACUCUCAGACCACACACUACGACCAGAUCAACGAGCUGCUCGGAGCCCGCAACUACCAGACCGUGGUGGAAGCGUUCAUCAAAGACAACGUCAGCCGCGCUUUGCCCAAGGACUUCAGACGCUCUGUUCUCAGGGAGGUCUUGUACAAGGCCCAGCAAGGGGAGACGGGCCUGGAUGAGGUGUGCCACCAGUUGUGCGUGUGCAACGCCGUGCGCGACGCCCUGGAGGGGGAAGUGCUCGGUGUGCGCUUCCAGCAGCUGCUCAUGAAGCCCAGCAAGCGCCUGGUGGACUUUAUUUUAGAGGUGUGCGCCCAGUCCCUGGAAAGAGAGCGUUUGUCCGAAGCAUCCAGACGGAACAUGGCUACCUUCAUGCACACGCUCUGCGAAAGCCUGCAGGAACUGUCCCUGGUUUUCGUGGUGUCCUCUCACAAACUCUUCACCGAGCUCCUGAAGGAGGAGGAGAGGAAGCUGCUGUUGGAGCAGAUGCGGAAGCGCUCGGCCGCCGUCAAACUGAGCGCCAAGCCGCUGCCUUCUUUUUACGACAUCCCGGCGUCGGCCAGCGUGAGCGUCGGGCAGCUGGAGCAGCAGCUCAUCCUCUCCUUGGACCCGCGAAAGAUCAGGCAGAUCCUUAACGAGCUCCACGACAUUGCAGACAGACCGUUCUGGAGAAUCAAUAGCAAGUGGGAAGUUCCAUCAGACUACAUCAACGUGAUCCUGGCCAUCAAAGACAACCUGACUAAAGACCUGGUCUACAUCCUCAUGGCAAAAGGCCUCCACUGCAUAGCCAUAAGGGACUUCGCGCACGCGCGCCAGCUGUUCUCCGCCUGCCUGGAGCUGGUGACGGAGUUCUCGCCGCGCCUGCGUCAGGUGAUGCUCAACGAGCUGCUGCUGAUGGAGGUGCGAGCCCACGAGACGGCGGCGGCCGACGGUUGCAAGGAGAGGCCGCCCCCCGACCUCGUCAGCCGAGUGCGCGGAUACCUGGAGAUGAGGAUACGCGAUCUUCCUCUGCGGCAGGUGGUUGGCGAGGAGUGCGUGGCCUUCAUGUUGAACUGGAGGGAGAACGACUACUUGACGUUACAGGUGCCGCCCUCGGCUGUUAUCAACAACCCUUACGUCAAGCUGGGCCAGCUCCUGGCAUCCACGUGCAAGGAGCUGCCGGGUCCCAAAGAGAGCCGACGCACGGCCAAGGAGCUCUGGGACGCCGUGGUGCAGAUCUGCAGCGUCUCCGUCCAGCACAAGCGGAGCAGCGACGGACGUGUGGGACUCAUCAAGCACCGAGACUCCUCCCUGGGCAUCCUGCACAGGAGUAAAUUGAUAACAUUUGUCAAGAAGAUCCGAGAGCCGCUUGUGCUGACCACGUUGAUCUCGCUCUUCGUCCGGCUGCACAGCAUCGUCAGGGACGACAUCGUCAAUGAAGUGACGGCCGAGCACCUGUCCAUCUGGCCGGCAUCUCUGCCCAACAUCCAGGCGGUGGACGUGGAGGCGGUGGCCGUUACAGUGAAGGAGCUGGUGACCUAUGCCCUCACGCUGAACCCCAACAGCCAAUCGUGGCUCAUCACGCAGGCUGAUAUCUACUUUGCGACCAAUCAGUACUCGGCUGCCCUCAACUUGUACCUCCAGGCCGGUAGCGUGUCGUCGGAUUUUUUCACCAAAGCCGUACCGCCUGACGUCUACACGGACCAAGUUCUUAAGAGGAUGAUCAAGUGCUGCUCGAUGAUGAACUGCCACACACAGGUGGCGGUCCUGUGCCAGUUCCUGAGGGAGGUGGACUACAUGACGGCGUUCAAAGCACUCCAAGAGCAGAACAGUCACGACGCCAUGGAUUCUUUCUACGACUACAUCUGGGACGUCACCAUUUUGGAAUACCUCACGCACAUCCACCACAAGCGCGGUGAAGCGGAAAAGAGACAAAUAGCGAUAAAAGCCAUCGGUCAGACUGAGCUGAAUACGAGCAACCCCGAGGAGGUUCUGCAGCUGGCGGCGCAGAAGCGCAAGAAAAAGUUCCUGCAGGCCAUGGCUAAGCUUUACUUCUAACGUUGUUCUCCAACUGGAUAAUCGGCUGGCCGAUUUCAUGGGCUGAAGCUUUUUUUAAAAAAAAAAAUCACCAGAAAGUAUUUUUGUUUUUAACCCCAGCCCUCCCAAAAAAUAAAAUUUCAAAUAUGUCUCCUCAGCGGGGACAGCAUCGUCAUUUUUUUUUCCCAUUCUCUCAUUGAUUGGUCCAAGCCAAACUUUUCAUCUCCUAAAACGCAUCUGGAGCGAUUUCUCACUCACACCUGUGGUUCAAAAUGAGCCUUUUACAUUUUUUUCCCAGCAUCAUUCUUUUAUUCCCCCGUGUGGCUCUUUUGUUGUGUUCUAUUUGAGAAACGUGAUCUGUUUUCACAUUUUGUGGCUGACCCGUCAAUGUCGUGUCAAGCUUAAUUUUUUUUUUUUUUUUAAUGGCACACACAGACACAAAAAAGAUGCUCACAAUGUUUUGUUUUGAAGUCCCCCAGUGGCACGGAGCAGCCGUGAACCCUUUGCAGGCCUUGACAAGACUUUGUCGGCGCUUUACAGGCAGACGCAAAACAGAUCACACAUGCGGACAAUAAUCGUGGCGGAGCACUGCAAACGCUGCAACAUCUUCAACCGUAUCCAUGACAUUUUUUUAAAAUCUAAUUUGCAGGAUAAAUUCAAUAUGUCGACCACGGAAUGUUCUUUUAUCCUCUCCUAAAAAAACCACUCUUGAGGAAAAAAAAAAAAGCGUUUAUCCUUUUGACUUGUACUCCAGGCUACAGCAUGUCCACAAUUACGAUGAAGACCUUCCAUCACAGUAUUAAUCGUAUGUUUGGCACUCCAGUUAACGUUUUUAAUUUUAAAAAGGCCGAAUAUCACCACUAGGUGGAGCCCUAAACUUGGAUUUAAAUCUAUCCCUUUUCGGGCCUUCGAAAGAUUUUUCUGUCAAGAUGAUAGGUGUAAAAACACAAAAGAAAAUGUAUUUCCACUUUUAAAUAGUGGAAAGUCUUAUCGUCGACCAAAGAUGAGGAUUUCAUUGAAUUCCCAUUCCAUGACAAUUGACAGCAUUUCACACAUUUGUGUCAGUGUGAAAUAUAAUGUGCCAUUAUUGAUUGAUUGGCGAUUGUUCACAAGUUACGUUCUACAUGAAAUCUAAAUUUCGAUAACUUGAACAUUUCAGAAAAUGCAUUCAAAACAACCCAAAAAGAGCACGUCAACAAAGUAUUUGGAAAUCAUGUAAAGCUCUGUUGUAAUUUAGAAAAAAGGACAGUGGUGCCUUGGGACAUGUAACGUAAGACAUGCCAUUGAAACGAAUGGAAAGGCCUAUAAUAAUUUGCAGCCACCCCCCCCCCCGCCCCCCAAGAAACAAAUGUUCUUUUUUUAAUCAAAAAAUAUCACUAUAUUAUGUACUUUCUAAAAACAUUUGGUAAUGACAGAAUAUAAAGAAACACUUUUUUUAUACCUCUGUUCAAUGGACAUUGUGCUGCCCCGUCAGGUGUGCAUGCAUUGACCACCUGGGGGCACUAUAAACUGCAAUAAAAUGAGUUUCUCUUCGCAGCAGAUAAAGAACACACGCACGUGACUAUUGUAUUAUCUGUCCGCAAUAUGUGUUGUGACGCCGAUGUUACUUAGUUGCCCGUGUAUCAUGAUUUGCAUUGUUUGUUAGCAUGAAACUAAACUGACUUUGAAGGCCAAUCUAUGCGAAAACUGCCAAUAAAUGAGAAUUGUUCACUGCCAAA